AUGCGGGGCCUCGAGAAUAUCAUCGAAAUAGGCCCGAGGAAGCCAAGGGUCAUCAUCUAUGAUGUUGACAAGGGAAGAAUGCCCAAAGAGGAGCUAAUUGAGUGUCUCCUAAUACAAAACACAGAGCUUGGCCUCACAGACGCAGAUCACAGUAGCAUGUCGCCGCUGCUCAAACUGGGACCUCGGAGCAGCGAUACGGUACAUUGGGUUGUAGAGGUAUCCCCGAGUGUAUUCAAGAAAAUAGAGAAUAAGGCACUAUACAUCGGCAUGAUGCGAUGUAGGUGCAAAGCACACAGCACGUUGCCGCAGUGCUUCAACUGCCAGCAAUACGGGCACACAGCGAUUAGGUGCGAGCGAAAGACGCCUGUGUGCAGGAACUGCGCGGGCGCACAUGACUCCCGGAAUUGUAAGGAGGACGGGGUCAGGUGCGUGAAUUGCAAAGGACCUCACAAGGCGUCAAGCGCGGCUUGCAAAGCCAGAAGCCAAGCGAGUAGAAACCUGCUCAGGCGUACGGACUUCGACUCCUCAUGA